UCUACCCAGCUGUGCAUAGCUGUCCAAUCUCUCCCCAUGUGAUGUGACCCCAUUGCACAUUGCCUAACUAAGAGUGAGAUUUAAUAGUAGGCUAGGAUCGAUUUUGAUAGGCCAUGAGAAAAGAAAUACUCCAACAACUAUUACUGUGCUUUUAUUUUGAUCAUGAUUCUCGUCCUAAUCCUGCCUCCUCCUGCUGCUGCUGGAUGUUGUAUCACAUGACUUCUGUCUUGACAUUCCCACCAGCUACUUCUGCCGUAUACCAACAAGCUUUGCUAGCUACCUAGGUACUCCCCUUUGGUUUGAUUGCUAAUUACUUUAGCUGCCUUUUUCCUUAGUUAAUUACAAACUUGGUGGUGGUGCUGCUGAUGUUCACAUACUUUUGGUGUCAAUAUUGGAUUGAAAUAUCAUUAUAGUUGAACGGCACAACUACCUCCAAAAAUCCCAAAUAUGACACCGAAUUGGCCCGACAUGAUCCACCAAAGGAUGCCAGCGGCAGUGGCUGCAUUUCAACCCAAUGGCGGCACUAGCACCAGCACCCAGCACCAAAGUGACCUCUGUUGGGUGGACGAAUUCCUGGACUUUUCUUCGGCAAGACGCGAAACCCACAGGCGUUCCAUCAGCGACUCCAUUGCAUUCCUUGAAGCGCCAAUGCUUGAAGAAUGCCGUGGAGGCUCGAAUGCACCUCCGGGGACCGGAACUAGUAGUAACCAUGAGUUCGAUAAAUUUGAUGAUGAACAAUUCAUGUCCAUGUUCCCGGAUGAUAUGCCAAAUGCAGUGGUCCCCACGGUAUCUUCUUCAAAACCUUCCACGCCUUCUGACCACAACAGCAUUAAUGAGGAUCAGAAGCAGCAGAUAGAUACGAUUAGGAAGGAAUCGGAGGAGGUUCAAAGCCAACACAAAACGGAAUCCCAAGAAGCAGCAGCCACCACAGACGCUUCUACCGACCAAAUAAUUGAUCCCAAGAGGGUCAAGAGGAUCCUGGCUAACAGACAAUCUGCACAAAGAUCACGGGUGAGGAAGCUACACUACAUUUCAGAGCUUGAACGCAGUGUCACCUCAUUACAGGCUCAAGUUUCGGUGCUGUCGCCGCGAGUUGCAUUUCUAGACCACCACCGUUUGCUUCUAAAUGUCGACAACAGUGCUCUCAAGCAAAGAAUUGCAGCACUGGCGCAAGACAAAAUAUUCAAAGAUGCUCAUCAAGAAGCACUGAAGAGAGAAAUAGAGAGAUUGAGGCAAGUGUACCAUCAGCAAAACCUAAAGAAGAUGGAAAAUGAUGCUACUCACUCACCAACACCAACAUCACCAGCAAUAGCUGAUGUUAAGGCAUCCACUGAGUAAGAGCAGCUUCUCAAUGUUUGAGUUGAGUUCUCAUAGCAAUCCUCCUCUUGAAUAUGACUAAAACAUGUUGGGUUAUAAUAUUCCCUAUAAAUCAAGCUGCCUGAUUUAUGUCUGUUUUUGGUCACACCCUUUUAAUUGUGAUUAGGGGUUUUGGCAAAAUAUUAAGAGGAAAAUUUAAAAAUUAUGGUUGUAGUAAGUUGGGAUCAUAUGGGACCUUAGUGAAUUUUGAUUUCGAAAUGAUGAAAGAAAGAGAAGGGUUUGCCAAUGAGGCGGGCUGGCCUCUGAUGCGAAAGCUUUGCGUUCGCUUGAUGUGUUUACUCCAACUAGGGUGAGUAGAAGUUAGUUCUGAUGACUUGAAUCGAUCUAUUUGAAUUCCAUCAAAUC